AUGGAAAGCAUCAAAGAGGAGACGGUGCGAUCCCAGCUCCCAGACUUGAGUCUGGCCGAGUUUGACUUCCUGGAUUCAUCUUUUUUCCGCGAUGCGGGCCGCAAGCUACCGAGCCCAGAAGAAGUCCUGAAGGCGACUGGGAAGGAGAUGGGCGAUGACGGAGUCUACCAUAUUCGAGAAAUAGGUGUGCUGGUUAAAUAUGGCCACAGAUCGCGAGUCCACUUGGACGAAGCCCUGGCACUGCGCUUCAUCAAUAAAACAUUUCCUGCCGACCAGGUCCCUGCCCCAGAGGUGUUUGGGUGGAGGACCGCUGGCGGACCGGGUUUCGAGUCAACCUUCAUCUACAUGAGUUUUCUCCCAGGCCAGACGCUUCGCGAUGCUUGGCCAACUCUCAGCCACGAGGAGAAGUCACGCAUAUCCCAUCAGCUGGCUGACGUUGUGAGACGGCUGAGAACCGUGCAACAAGAUCCCACAGACCAAUUCAUCGGCUCCUUGCACCGAGGGCCGGUCCAGGACAUCUACUUCAGCCCCGACCAGCACAGAGGCCCGUUCGCCACCGCCCGAGAGUUCCACGACUUUGUGCAGCUUGUGUCGGCAGCCGCAAUACCGGUCGAAAAGAGGCUUCCCGAGCCGUACCGGGACAUGCUCCCCGAUACCGCCCGGAUAUGCCUAACACACGGUGACCUCCAUCUCGGAAAUAUCCUCGUUGCUAGGUCACCGGAGGAUAACCGAAUCAGCCUCUCGGGAAUCGUGGACUGGGCACAGGCAGGUUGGUACCCCGAGUAUUGGGAGUACUGCAAGGCCAUGAUCGUUGGACCCUACGGCGACGAGUGGAGAGAUGAUGGAUGGAUAAACAUCGUGCUCCGGCCUUGGGAGGACGAGUAUGAGGCGUUUGACUUUUACUGGCAUUCCCGGUGCCCCUGA